AUCAAAAGGCAAAAAAUUUUGUUAAGGAGCCUUUGUUUUAUUUACUCUGUCCUCGGAUUACUAUCUUGGUUUUUCCCUCCGGCGGCCAUCUCCAUUGAACCAAGCCAGACAAAACCCAAUACUCGGCGGCCUUUCUCCGAAGCUUGACCUGUGCCAAUUGCUUCCUGGUUGCUUCACCGCCACAUCAACUACCAACUGUCCGAACGUCGUCGAGAAGUGCCAGGCCUAUAUUUUUUGCGAGAUGGUCCUUUCCGUAUAAUAGCACUCCAUUAAAUCACUAGAUGCAAGCUACAUUGAUCAUACACAACAUGCAAUGCUGCUCAACUCUCCAAAUUGUCAUGCCAAAACCUCUAAUCUAGGACUUCUAAUCUGUAUGUUGUAUAAAUUCGCUUCGCGCGGCUAUCAUACCUCACAGACAUACAUGGUCUGUUUCUUUCGGCAAUUUAUACAUUCGGUUCCAAAAGUUGAUUAUCUAACUCUCAGGCAUGGAUUUAUCAUGGCUCAUUUGGCACCUCAAAGCCAGGCAAAUUUCGAUUUCCAGAAUUACAUCAAAAGAUCACUUGAAAAAGAUUUCAGGGUGGUCGUUGGAAUCAGUCCUCCGAUGUGGCUUUUCGCGGUUUUCUUCCUUCUUUUCAACACUCAUGGCUGGUAUUCUUAUCUUUGGCUUCCAUUCAUUCCCUUGAUUAUCAUCUUAUUGGUUGGGACCAAGUUACAAGUGAUCAUCACAAAGAUGGGCCAAAGGAUUCACCAAAGGACUGAAGUGGUGAAAGGAGUUGUUGUGGUUGAGCCUGGAGAUGACCUUUUCUGGUUCAAUCGUCCUCGUCUUCUCCUCUUUCUCCUCAACUUUGUUCUUUUCCAAAAUGCCUUUCAACUCGCCUUCUUCUCUUGGACUCUGUAUGAAUUUGGGCUGAGGUCGUGUUUCCAUGAGCAUGUGGAGGAUAUCAUAAUCAGAAUCACAAUGGGCAUUCUCAUUCAAGUCUUAUGCAGUUAUGUUACCCUGCCUCUAUAUGCCCUUGUUACACAGAUGGGUUCGAAGAUGAAACCAACAGUCUUCAAUGAGAGAAUAGCGACGGCGUUAAAGGAGUGGCACCACACCGCGAGGAAGCGCGUCAAAGAGAGUCGGAGCAGGAAAACCAGCCCCACCGCGAGCCCGAUGUCGAGCCGGCCGGGAACGCCGUCCCACCACGGCAUGUCUCCCGUGCACCUCCUCCGCGGCAACCGUUACCGCAGCGAAAUGACCGAUUCGCCCUCCGCGGCCGCGACUCAAUCGGCGUGGCCGCACGAAUCUUAUUUUGACGACGAGCGUUGGGGGAACAACGGUGACUCGCAAUCCCCCCCGCGUUUCUUCUUUGACAUUGGCAGAGACGGGGGACCGUCUGGCGAUGGGCCCACAGGCUCAUCGCGUGUGGUCCCAUCCCAACAUGAGAUCAAUGUGGAGGAACAAAAUGAUUUUUCGUUUGAUAAAAGGUUGGAGUGAUCGAACCCUAACUAAGUUGUCAUCAACCUAUUUAAUUUGCUUGUACAUGCCCAAAAUGUUUCUUUUCUUUACGUUUUACUAUUAGAUUUGAACCCGUAAGAAUUCUGUUCCAACACUAAUGGCGAUGCCACCGUUUGAACCGCCAAUUAUCAACAAGUGUGUAAUCGAUCAUCAUCACGAAUUGGAUUGAGCCCUUGCAACCUCAAUAAUCGAUUCUCGUGGAAGCUAUGUAUGGGAUGUCGUGAGGCUCUAUCGUGGCUAAAGUCUAGAGGCAGUGUUAUGUCGGUGAGACUCUUCUCCGACAAUCAACAGAUGGUGUUGCACUUCAACAAACUGGUUAUGUUUUCUUAUUUUUGCUGGUUGUAGGGCUCUUUUUAUAUAUUCACCGUACUUUGAAUGUUUUGUGUCUCACGCCCUUACUAGACGGGUU